CCAGUUAAAUGUAUUGCAAACCUGGUCACUACCUGCCUCAAACCGGUAAUGCUUUUUUAAAAAGAUGACAUUGUUGAGCUGUUUAUGCUUUGGUGUUUACCAGUCGCAAGAAAAAUACCUUUACUUUGGGAGCACAGAGUACACGAUUUAAAAUAUAUUCACGCAAAUGUAUGCUUUAAACUGUAAUUAAGGCAGCUACUUUAUCCCACUCGCAUCAGUACAAGUUUCUCUCUCCAAGUAUUGUGAGGCUGCUUUACAAACCAGUGUUAGGUACCGACUACCCAGUACCUCCACAGCUGGGUGAAAGAUGGAUGUCUGCAUGUGCUCUCACACAGGCUGGAGCAAUGUGACUCCUCUGCAGACUGACUUUACCAGUUUGCGGUCUUCCCCAUGGUCCUUUCCGGUACCUCCCAUUAGGAGCUGUGCCGCCUGUUUUGUUAAGUGUGCUAUGUCCCUAUGUGCUGAGGAAGCAGCUUUCACCUAGGCAGCCACGUCAGGGCAGAUCUACUCCCUGUACUGCACAGAGGUGUCCCUGAAACAUGGCAGUCAAAUGGAUUGGUGGACAUUCAUCUUCUAUAUUGUGCUUGAACGUAAACUCAGAAGGUCUGGUGGCUUCAGGUGCAGAGAGAGGCGAGCUAACGCUCUGGGAUGGGGGAGGCACUCCAGCAGGACAGCUCCAGCUACCAGAGGCAGAUGACGUGACCUCCGUGGUGUUCUCUCCUUGCUGUCCCACCAGGCUAUACACUUCCCACGGAGAAACUAUCAGUUUGCUGGAUGUCCGAUCCCUCAAGGAGCCCAUUGAACGCUUCCAUGUGAAUGAGGAGGAGAUCAACUGCCUCUCAGUGAAUGAAACUGACAGUUUCUUGGCUGCAGCAGAUGACUCAGGGGCAAUAAAAGUUAUGGACCUGGAAAACAAGAAAGUCACCCGGUCCUUGAGACACUCAAACAUCUGUUCCUCUGUUGCCUUUCGACCUCAGAGGCCUCAGAGCCUUGUUUCCUGUGGACUGGACAUGCAGGUUAUGCUGUGGAACCUGCAGAAAGCUCGCCCCUUGUGGACCAGAAACCUGCAGGAAUGUGAAGCACAGGAGAACAGUCCACAGUCAGCUGGCCAGUUCUUCAACCCGCCGCUUGCACAUUCCCUGUCUGUUGCAUCCUGCGGCAACCUCUUUGGCUGCGGAGCUCAAGAUGGUAAAGUCAGAAUAUUUAGAGUCACUGGUGUCAAGUUUGAACGUGAGCUGGAGUUUCAAGGUCACAGCUUGGGAGUAUCGCAGGUCCUCUUUAUGCCAGGAGCAUACUGGUUGCUGACUGGAGGAAAUGAUGGGAAAGUCUUGCUUUGGGAUGUCAACAGUGACAUUGGAAAGCAACUGAAAAGCCCGGCAAAAUCGCUGCAGAGGAGGAAGACCCAUGCACCUGCUUCCACCAGAAAAGAUGGGAAGCUCAACAAAGUGGCUUCAAAUGAACAUACUAGAAUUUUACCAAAGGUAACCAUUGAGCACGGAGAGAAGGUGAACUGGAUUGCUUGUGCAGAGAUCAAAGGGUCCAAAAGGGUAUUAGUUGCUGAUCAGAGUAGUUCUGUAUCUGUGUAUCCAUUGCCAGAACACUAGACACUGAAAUGUUUAAAGACAUUUCAGGGCCAAAACCACUUCUCAAGAGUGUUUGAACGGAGUCCAGUUACACAUGCUGACAGCAAACUGAACAGUGAAACCUGCGGCGUCUUUCAGAAGGGGAAGGGAUUUGCUGUGUACUCACGCAAGUACUCGUAACUGGCUUCACACAACAUUUUACAGCAAUUGUUGGUAUUCACUGCAGCUGUGUUUUACAGGGUUGGCAGUUUUCUUCUUGAAUUUAGGUAAAAUGGGUUUCAGUAUAUUUAGGGGUAAUAUUAGUUCAUGACUAAGCUGACAUAAUUAAGGUUGGAGGACGAAAUUCACACUAAUGGGGAUGCCCACAAUGCUGAAUGAUGCUGAGCAGUAUCAAAGAUGCCACUGACUGAUCCACUUGCACUUUGAACUAUUGCAAUGCUUUACAUUACUCUCUCCUGGUAAACUGUGUCAUAGCUUAAGUGGAAAUACAUUUUUCAUUGGUCAGCAGCUGUGUAUAAGACUAGAGAAGCAUCAACUAAUGAGUAAUCCAUUUAGUUUAACUGUCAUUGCCAGUUGUUUUUUUUCACACUGCAGUAAGGAAAGGAGCAGGGGAAAUGUUAACAUCUGUUUACAGGGUCAGCUGUCUUAUGCAUUUAGUUGUCUUCCCAAGGAAGAAUAACUAUUACACUUGUCUUAAUAAAUGCUUUCUCUCUCA